GUUGACAGGAUGUACUGACAAGACGGCUAAGUCUGAGUCUAAAACCGAGGAGGAGGAGCCCAAGCAAGAACAUGAACAAGGUGGUGGUGGUGGCCGUACCCCUCAGGAGGAGAAGAAGAAGGCUAAGUCUCCUGAAUCAGGUACACAAUAA